AUGCCGCACGCCUCAGCCGUUCCGGUGGCGAACAAGCAGGUCUUGCGCAUCAAACACCGCGGCCGUGACGUUCACCUCGUCGGGACGAUGCACUACAACCCGGUGAGCAUAGAUCUUUCGUCCAGAGUCGUCAGAGACUUGAGCUCGACGAACGCGCUCGGCGCGUUGGUGUUGGAAACGUGCCCGAAACGCUGGGAAAAGACGCAAAAGUUCCAACCCGCGGGGUCGAUGAUGCGCGCCGUGUUAGAUAAUGAGUUUCAGGGCGCGUUCGAGGCGGUUUCGGGCGACGCGGAGAUUGUGCUGGGAGAUCAGGCGAUCGGCGACCUCGGGUCGAACCUCAAGACGCUCGCGAGGGAGACGAUGGUGGAUACGUGUUGGCCCCCGAGAGCGCUCGCGGGUGGUUGGGCGAGCUACGUGAACGAUGUCAGAAAGUGCGUGCGAGAGGAAAUCUCGGCGUACGACGCGACGGCGGUGGAGAGUCCCGGAGACUUUUUCAACAAGGAGCUCCUGGCGGCGGUUCCUGUGUCGCUGAUUCGGUAUCCGUUGGCGUGGCUCUUGAAGUCGCCAAAGCUCAUCGUGCCCCUGGUCACGUUCACGCUGACGCUAAGCGCGCUGCCCGGGGCGGUCGAGAGCAUCGGAGACGCUGGGGUCGAGUCGGCGGCGGAGGCGCUCGUCACCGACGUCUUUCUCGCGCUCGACGCGUUGCAACUUCUCCUCCUGACUCGAUUGUUCCUCGUCGCGUUGCUCAGAGACCGCAACGAUAUCUUGGCUCGGAAUAUCUCGAGCGCGUGCGAUCGCGUUCCCGUCGGAGGAUCCGUCGUGGCCAUACUCGGCGCGGCGCACCUCAACGGAGUGCAUCGACGGUUAGUCGUCGACGAGGGAUUGGCUGGGGAGAGUAGAUAG